AUGCCCCCACGUGCUUUCACGAAUCCGGCCCCGAAAACUGAAAGUGCUCGCGAGGCUGUCAAAUCUUUCUAUUGCGAAUUAUGCAGCAAAGGGUACGCUCGAAUGAACGAGUAUGAGGCUCAUCUCUCUUCAUACGACCACUCUCAUAAACAACGUCUGAAGGACAUGCGACAAUUAACACGCGAUCCGAUGGCCUCUAGCAAAGCUCGAAAGGCGGAAGCGAAAGCAAACUCGCAGUCUGGUUUGAUCUCAAUAAAGUUGGGUGGAGAAACAAGCUCAAGCACUGGAUCUACUGCUGGAGGUUUCAAGAAAGGGGGGUUCAAGAAAUCGGGAUUUAAAAGUGCUUUUGCCCCGGCUGACGGGGGCGGAGCUGAUGCACCCGUGAAUCAUGAGAUUGAAGAGAAGAUCCAAGUAGGCAGAAGCCUUGGAGUCAAGGAAGAUGGCUUAGAAAGCGAUACCGAUGACGAACAAUACGGGUAUGAGAUGUACGAUCCGAGAUAUCCUACGGAUUGAGAGAUAUCGCACAUCGAAGAUUCUUAUUCAUACGAGCUACAGCCUCGAGCGGAGUAUAGUCCGAAGGCUCGAAAUCCCUCAUAAAACUCGCAUAGCUUUGUUUUGCAUGAAAGUUCUGAUGGAAGAGAGGGCAUAUUACACCAGCAUCAAAGCAUCGAUUCUAUGCAUCCCGACGAAAAGAUAUGAACAUCCAUGGCCACAUAUACGGACAUCAAGAUCAGGAUCUCUAAAUUGGAGAGUUCCAACUAGCCAGAAAACAUAAUUACCUAUUGUAUGUUGGCAAAGCACUAUCUUUUCCCAGCGAGAAGAUUAGUAGUUGACCUCAAACACGAUCCCUUGCUUCUGGCAUUGCGAAAAGCGAAGAGGAACGAGGAUUCGAUGAGCAAAGGAAUCCUUGAGCAUUCAUUGCGUCUCUUUCUACUUUAAAGGGCACAUUUGUUUGAGAGCGCUUCAGUCCUCAAGCUCCACGUGAAUGAUUGCCUACCUCUGCAAGUGGCUCUUCAAUGUAGAGCAUCACGACAAAUUUCGAGUGGUCAAAAUUGAAGAGGCCAAUCUGGCGUCUAGAGCAUAAUUAGGUAGCGUUCUAGUUCAAGUUGAUUGGUUCAAUGAAAGAUUACACUCGGAAAGGAUGAUAUGCGAAGGUAUUCGUGACAUCCAGAGGGUGAAAUUCGGACUCAAAUGACCAGAAUAGCAAGAAUGAAUCAUGUUUAGCAAUACCUUUGUCCUACGAGUCGUUGUCAAGUCUUUAGACGUCAUGCGCUGCAUGCGAAAAUGAGCUGCGAAAGGGUCAUGAACUUAUUCAUAUAUGCGAUUUCUACGUGAAGGUAGUUCCCUGCCCAUUUAGCCAAUUUAAUCGAUUACAAUUGUUGAAAGAAAUGAACAAUCUCUUGCAAGAUACCUGUCCU